CAUCUUUCUGGCAUAGUCCAUCACGUGACACCCCCAGACGCCGCCAUUCCAGCACCACAAGGGCAAACAUGACCACAUACACGGACAAGGGCGCCAAGCCGGAGGCCGGCAAAUUUGUCGCCUUCGAUCACAUAACCUUCUGGGUUGGAAAUGCCAUGCAGGCAGCGUCCUGGUACUGUACGCGGAUGGGUUUCACGCCGUACUGCUACAAGGGUCUGGAGACCGGCAGUCGGGAGGUGGUGUCUCAUGCUGUGAAGCAGGGAGACGGAAAAAUUGUGUUUGUGUUCCAGUCUGCCUUAAACCCAGGAAAUGAAGAAAUGGGGGAUCACUUGGUCAAGCAUGGUGAUGGAGUAAAAGAUGUCUCCUUCAGUGUAGAAGACCUGGAGGCCAUUGUCAAGUCUGCCAAACAGCGCGGUGCGGAGGUGGUGAAGGAUAUCUGGGAGGAGUCGGAUGAUGGCGGCACUGUCAGAUUUGCAACUGUCCAAACGUAUGGUGACACAACUCAUACGUUUGUGGAGAGAGGAAGCUUCAGUGGACUGUUCCUGCCUGGAUACCGGAAACCCCUGUACUCACAGGACACACUGCUGGACAAACUGCCAGACAUUGGACUGAAGUUUAUUGACCAUGUCGUGGGGAACCAACCUGAUGAGGAGAUGACAUCAGUUGCAAACUGGUAUGAGAAGACUCUACAAUUCCAUCGCUUCUGGUCCGUGGACGACAGUCAGAUCCACACACAGUACAGUGCCCUCCGGUCCAUCGUGGUCACUAACUUCGAGGAAACCAUCAAAAUGCCCAUCAACGAACCCGCAACUGGCAAGAGGAAGAGUCAGAUCCAGGAAUAUGUGGACUACUAUGGCGGAGCAGGAGUUCAGCAUAUUGCUCUGAACACAAGUGACAUCAUCACCACUAUCACUAACCUGCGUGAGCGAGGAAUGAACUUCCUGAUUGUGCCAAAGACGUACUACAAGAACCUCCGUGAGCGUCUCAAGACUGCCAAGAUCAAAGUGGAAGAGUCGCUGGAUGUCAUCGAGAAACUGCACAUCCUGAUUGACUUUGACGACAACGGCUACCUGCUGCAGAUCUUCACUAAGCCAGUAGAAGAUCGUCCUACUCUGUUCCUGGAGGUCAUCCAAAGGCACAACCACACGGGAUUCGGGGUGGGCAACUUCAAGUCGCUCUUCGAAGCCAUUGAAGCCGACCAGGAAGCCAGAGGCAACCUGUGAGGACCCCGCCCCGUCCUUACCCACAAUCCUCCCUCCACUGGGCCCCGCAACAAGCAACUAGAAGUAUCAGACUAGACAUAUCUAGAACGUUGAAAACAACAUGAAGAAUCAGCCAAUCAGCUUAUAGUUGGCUUUGAAAACAACAUGAAGAAUCAGCCAAUCAGCUU